AUCACCCAAUUCUCAUUAUUCCAUAUCUCUUGAAAUACAUCCUCGGCAUAGUGUUUGGCAAACAUCCUGUAUUCACCAUGUCCCCCACUCUCAAGCUACCCUUUCUCAUUCUGCUCAUCUCAACCUUUGCCUUUGGGACACUAUCAUGGCGCAGUUCGUCGACAUCGGGACCGUUGGAUGGUCGAAAGAGCGUUGGAAUCUUUCCUCCUACUUGUAACCGCAUCGAAUGUCCAAAAUUCGAGGUGAUUCUCGUAGGAAAUGGAUUCGAAAUCCGGCGAUACAACUUGACUAUGUGGACUUCGACGUCGCCGAUUCAAGACAUCUCAUUGGUAGAGGCGACCAGAACAGGCUUUUUACAGCUAUUCAACUACAUUCAAGGGAAUAACGACUACAAAGAGAAGAUAGAGAUGACUGCUCCUGUGAUCACUCAGGUCGUCCCAAGCGACGGACCCUUCUGUUCGUCGAUGUUCGUCGUUAGCUUCUACUUGCCUCAAAAGAACCAGGCUGACCCACCGCCCGCCGAAAACCUCCAUGUCCAAAAAUGGGGCCUCAAAUACGUAGCGGUGAGGCAAUUCAGUGGAUUCGCGUCUGAUUACGGCGUUGGCCAGGAAGCGGCUGCGUUGUAUAAUAGUCUCGUUGAGUCUGGAUGGUCGACUCUCAUCGACAAAGCCCUGGCUGCGGAUCCCACAUCGACUUACACAGUCGCGCAGUAUAAUUCGCCAUUCGAGUUCAAAAAUAGAGUGAAUGAGAUAUGGAUGAUGGUUGAUAUGGAAGAUGUUAAUGCAAUCUAAAGAGAAGUCCAUUAAAGUACACUUAUAUUGUAUCUAAAUUACUUCGGUUUUGGUACUUAUUUAACACUUUAUGGGAUGAUUUAUAUCAAUAAAUAUGGAUUAUAGUUUAGUUUA